ACCCGAUAACAAAACCAUUAAAACAAAUAUCUUCUUAGAAUACUUAUGUGAUAAAAAAUUCUUAUAAUUAAUUUGCCCAAUGCAGUAGCAAUAUGAAUAAUAAAUUUUCUACAUACAAUGCAGUAGUUUUUCAUCGAAACUUAAUAAUAAUUUUAUGUGCGUUAAGAACGAUAAUCAAUAAAUGGAUGUACGAACGAACCGCACCACGCGUUUUUUUUUCAGCAAACAAUCCCGCACACCGUCGACAAAAACUUCCUAGUGCUAAUUAGCGGUUUGUUAUUAACCCGUGCUAAGGGUACUGCCCUACGGUUAUCUCACUAUCUCAUCAGCGCGCCUUUUGUGCGGGAGUACGGGCUGCAGGUUAAGUGGGAGACCGCCGUCUCUACCUGCUCCAUCGCGAGACCGUCACGGAGCCAGUGUUGAUACCGCGGUCCAGCUCGCAGCAUCACAGCCACAGUUGUUACGCGACUCAAGUUGUCCGUGCGUGAUGAUCCAGUACGAUGACGAGAUCUCCGAGAGGCUGGGGUUCAGGGAUUCGAACAACAACAGCGACUCGGACAAGAGCCAGAAGGGCGACAAGUACUCGCUGCGGCCCAGAUCGUUGAGGCGGAGGAACGUGGACGAGGACUCGGAGGAGAUCAUCACCAUCACGUCGAAAACGAGGAUCGGCAAGGCGAAACAGAAGGCGGCGCCGUUGAGCAAGUACAGGAGGAAAACGGCGAACGCACGGGAACGGUCCAGGAUGCGGGAGAUCAAUCAGGCGUUCGAGACGCUGAGGAAAGUGGUGCCGCAAAUGUCUUCGACCCACCAGACGAACGAGAAAUUGACCAAGAUCACCACGCUGAGGCUGGCGAUGAAGUACAUAUCGACGUUAAGUGCGGCGCUGACCAGUAGUCCUGAGCCAGCUCAGGACUUGUUCUCGGACUGUAGUGAAUUGGACUGUUUCCUGUUGGAGUCGGAUGGCGAGUCGUUGCCGCUUCAAAGUGACUUCAGUGAUCACUCCCUGACGCCCGCCGAUUUUUCGAUAGACUUUCCGGAGGAUUCGCUGACUCCGGUCGAUUUUCCGCCGCUGUCGCCCACAUUGUCGGAUCAUCUGUCGCAUUUCGACACGUUCCUACCGGAUUUCAGUUAACCCACACGUGAUAACGAAAUUCCGUCCAAACUACUGUAAAAGUCUGUGUUUUUUAUUUAGUAAUUUAUUCGAAAUUAUCCUUUUUUUGUUUUGUUUAGUGUAUAAAUUCGGGUUGAAUAUAUUUUUAUACUUGUGCGUUAUUUUUAUAAGAUACUUUUUCAUAUACACGGCUGCAUUGUGCUUAAAGCCAGUCAUAUUUUAUUUAUAUCUACUAUAAGUAGUUUUUUGUAUAUAGCUUCAAAACUUUUGUAUAUAUUACGUCGUUAGGAUAAAUAUAUUAUAUUUUCCAUAAA